UAAUAACCCAGAUUUAUCUUUUAUCAAAAUACUUAACACUGAAAAAAAUAAUUCGCUGUAUUUCAUAUGAAUAUACUUCACCUAAACUAUUCUUAGUCUCAGUAUUCAAGUUUUGAAAUAUAACACGAUGGACCACGAACAAAUAUUGGUCAACAUUGCUGAAGUGAUGGAACAGUACCCACCGAUUGGGUUGGCGUUUCUCAUGUCUCCCCCUGGAGUUCUAAAGAUCACAGAAAUAAUAUGCUGUUUCAUAGGAUUUCUGUGCGUUAUUCUUGCAGAGGACACCGAAUCAUCUUCUUCUGCUUAUAUUCACUUUGAAGUUGUGGCAAUGAUAUGCUGCAUAUUGAGUUUACUAUUCGUCAUCGCUUAUACAACUACGUUGGUUAAAAAGUUUGAUUUUCCAUGGAGCUUGAUGGAGCUAUUCUUCAAUGUAUUAGCCGCUACGGGCUUACUUACUACUACCUCUCAUAUUGCUGCUAACACUAAUGAUGUCGGUGCAUUAGUAUCAGGAACAGUGUUUGGUUUCAUUGCCUGCUCUGUGUAUAUCGAAGAAAUCUACUUUAUUGUGAAAGCAUGGAAAAAACGAAUAAUAUUUAAGGCUGUUCAAGAAUUCAGGGAGUUAGCAACAAGAAAAUAAACCGUUGUUUCAAAUUAAAUAUGUUGAUGAUGUUAAUAAUGAUGAUCCAUACAAAUCAAUGAAUUCAGAACUUAAAUGCCUUAAUGAAUGGUUUAUUAAUAAUAAGCUACUAUAAAUACAAACAAAAAGACAAAAUUCAUUAUUUUUAGUGGUACACUUCAAAUCUAGAACUAAGGAUUGGCGAUGAUAUUCUUGAAAGAAUUGAAAAUACGAAGUUCUUGGGUGUUAUCAUAAAUGAAAAAUUAUACUUUACAAGUCAUGUAAAUGCGAUUGCAAGUAAAGUGUCUAAACUUAUUGGUGCUAUGGACCUUUUAAAAGCUGUUCUACCAUAUCAUGUACUUCUCUUUAUUAUAAAUCUCAUGUAACUGUCGACUCUUACUUAUAGUAUAUCAAUAUGGGGCUCAGGAAACAACCAUAUACUUCAAAAAAGGCACUUUGCACAAUUUGUAAUGUUCAUUUCCUUUACUCUUUAAAGUCUCCCAUUAUUGCAAACAAUAUUUUUUUUAUUUAUAUGAAAAGACUAUUUCAAUUGAUUUUUCUAAAGCUUGUAUUAUAUUAUGCUAGAGCUCUGCAACUAAAAGCAGGCUUAUUAGCAGAGUUCCCUCUUCACAAAAUGAAAAUUAUAAUGUACUUUUAUUAUUAUGAAUUACCGGUAUUAUCUAUCUGUACAAAUUGUAUCAUACCAAAAAAGUUAAAUUAGUUAUUAAAUUAUUAAGUUCCAACCGGAACCUGAUUAAACAAUUAUAGUAAUCGCUAAUUGACAUUUUACUACAAAACAUAUAUCUUAAAAUGAUUACCAGUAGCUAAUUUAAGGUUCUAGGCAAAAGAAUACAGGAGGCGUAUUAUAUAACUGCCAGCUGUUAUUUACUGUAAAUCAUGUUGUCUGGAAGCAGUUUUGGAAACCGACAUCAACAAUGAUUUAAAUCACAUCUUGAAAUUUCAUUUUUACACUGUUCUCUAUGGUUUUUGUCUCUGUCCUUUUCAUUUCUGUUUUGAAAUUGUUUUUACUAUUGAAUAAAAAUAAAUAUAUUAAAAUGAAAUAAA